AGUCAAUAAAGCUUGGGGCUUUGGGACACACAGUCUUCUGGAUCCUGCCAGUCAACCCCAAAAUGGAAUAUGGGAAAAUAGUCUUUCUCUUUCUUUUAUUUCUUAAAUCAGGACAAGGAGAGCCACUAGAGAGUUACAUGAAAACAGAAGGGGCUUCACUUCCUAAUUCUCAAAAGAAGCAAUUUGAGGCAAGAAGCGUAGAACAAUGUGAAGCAAAAUGUGAAGAGGAAACUGAAUUUGUCUGCAGGUCCUUCGAAUAUUACAACAAAGAACAGAAGUGUGUGAUUAUGGCUGAAAACAGCAAGACUUCCUUGGUUGUGAGGAGGAGAGAUGUGGUUUUAUUUGAAAAGAGAAUCUACCUUUCAGAAUGCAAGAGCGGAAAUGGAAGAAGCUAUAGAGGGACUCUGUCUAAAACUAAAACCGGAAUUACCUGCCAGAAAUGGAGUGAUACUAGCCCUCAUGUACCCAACUAUACACCAAGCAAAUACCCAGACGAAGGACUGGAGAAAAACUACUGCAGAAAUCCUGAUGAUGAUGUUAAGGGACCUUGGUGCUACACCACGGAUCCAGAGACCAGAUUUGAAUAUUGUGAUGUUCCUGAAUGUGAAGAUGAAUGCAUGCACUGCAGUGGUGAAAACUACCAAGGUACCAUUUCAAAGACAGAGUCUGGAACCGAGUGUCAGCCUUGGGCCUCCCAGGAACCACAUUCUCAUGAGUACCUUCCUUCCAAAUUUCCCAAUAAGAACCUAAAGGAGAAUUAUUGCCGCAACCCAGAUGGAGAGCCUCAGCCAUGGUGUUUUACCUUGAAUCCAAAUAAGCGCUGGGAAUUCUGCAACAUCCCCCGUUGCUCUACACCCCCACCACCUUCUGGUCCAAUGCUUCAGUGCUUAAAGGGACGAGGGGAAAACUACAGAGGCAACAUUGCGGUCACUAAGUCCGGGCUUACUUGUCAACGCUGGAACAGCCAGACACCUCAUAAGCAUAACCGGACCCCAGAAAACUUUCCCUGCAAAGGUUUGGAUGAAAACUACUGCCGUAAUCCUGAUGGGGAGUCACAACCCUGGUGCUAUACCAUCAGCAGUGAACUUAGGUGGGAAUACUGUACCAUACCUUCCUGUGGCUCUUCCCCUCCGCAGACGGAGACCGUGGUGCCCCCUGUGCAAAUCCAAGAAUGCUAUGAAGGCAAUGGACAAAGUUACCGUGGGACAUCAUCCACCACAAUCUCAGGAAAGAAGUGCCAGGCCUGGUCUUCUAUGAUACCCCACCGACAUGAGAAGACUCCGGAUAAUUUCCCCAAUGCUGAUUUGAGACGGAACUACUGCAGAAAUCCAGACGGGGACAAAAGUCCUUGGUGUUACACCACGGAUCCCAGUGUCAGAUGGGAAUUCUGUAAUCUGGAGAAAUGUUCAGUAACAGGAUGGAAUCUCCCAAAUGCCCAAACUACAAGCGUUCCUAGUGUAGAUACAACUCCCCCCUCAGAAUCAGACUGUAUGUUUGGGAGUGGUAAAGACUACCGUGGCAAAAGAUCAACCACGGUCACUGGCACCUUGUGCCAGGCCUGGACUGCACAGGAACCUCACACACAUGGUAUUUUUACUCCAGAGACAUAUCCAAGGGCAGGCCUGGAAAAAAAUUACUGCCGUAAUCCUGAUGGUGACCCCAAUGGUCCUUGGUGUUACACAACAAAUCCUAAAAAGCUCUUUGACUACUGUGACAUCCCCCAGUGUGUCUCACCAACUUCAUUUGACUGUGGAAAACCCAGAGUAGAGCCACAGAAAUGCCCAGGAAGAAUUGUGGGUGGGUGUUAUGCUCAACCCCACUCUUGGCCCUGGCAGAUCAGUCUCAGAACAAGGUUUGGCGAGCACUUUUGUGGAGGUACCCUCAUAGCUCCCCAGUGGGUGCUGACAGCUGCUCAUUGCCUGGAACGCUCCAGCAGGCCUGCCUCAUAUAGAGUUGUCUUGGGGCUCCACAAGGAAGUUCCUCCAGAAUCAUAUGCUCAAGAAAUAGGAGUUGCUGCGAUGUUCAAGGCAUCCUAUCGUGCAGACAUAGCUUUGCUGAAACUGAACAGCCCUGCUAACAUCAAUGAUAAAGUAAUCCCAGCAUGCUUACCUUCACAAGAUUUUAUGGUGCCUGACAGAACACUCUGCUAUGUCACUGGCUGGGGUGAUACCCAAGGCACUUCUCCAAGAGGUCUGCUCAAACAAGCCAGCCUCCCUGUGAUUGAAAACCAAGUGUGUAAUCGCUAUGAGUAUUUAAAUGGAAAAGUGAAAUCUACUGAACUUUGUGCUGGUCAUUUGGUUGGCGGUGUGGAUAGCUGCCAGGGUGACAGUGGAGGACCUCUGGUAUGUUUUGAGAAUGACAAAUAUGUUUUACAAGGUGUCACUUCUUGGGGUCUUGGUUGUGCCCGGCCCAAUAAACCUGGUGUUUAUGUUCGAGUAUCAAAGUAUGUUUCUUGGAUUGAAGAAAUAAUGAAAAAUAAUUAAUUGGAUAGAAGAAAUUGUGAAGCAGUGACUGUUUAUGGAAAUCAGCACACAGGCAGAAGACAUGAUGUGCUCAGAAAUAAUUUACAGUAAUCCAACUAAGACUCUGGGUGUUAUCAUUGGCUGUGAGUGAUACCAUCCUAAUGGGGAUUUUUUUUUUGUGCACCAGCUUUCCAGCUAAUUGCCUGUCUGAAUCCAUAUUAAUAGACAUUCAGCUGUGACAUUUAUUAAAAAAAUAAAUUCUCUACUUCCCUUGGCUUGA